AUGGAUGAAGACCUCGUCGCUUUCGGCAUCGUGAUGAUGCUCUUCCUCUCUUUCCCCUUCCUCACGGUUCUGAGCAUUACAGGAUGCGUCGCCUACUCCCGAACCAAGACAUGGGACAAAGCGCGUAACCAGCGCGCCGUCGGCCUCGAGUCUUCCAACGGCGAAACCAACCGUCUUGUCUCUGACGAGGCUGAUGAAGAGUCCGAUUUCUACGACACCGACGACGAGGAGGAACACAAGAAGAACAAGGCUGAAGAGGAAGCCGACAAGUACCUUACCUUCAACCAAAAGUUCCGCAAGGAGUUCAGAAAGGUGUGGUCAGGCAAGGGCAAGGGCGAUAUCAUCAAGCAGAAGGAGCGCGAAGAGCGCAGGAAGUUGGCCAAGGCAGUCGCAAGGGAGAUGGACCGCAGGGAGAGGAGGAAGGCGAAGGCUGCCGCUAAGGCGCAGUCCGAGGACUUGCCGGCAUACACCAAGGCGUAG